CCUUAAAAAGCACAAAAGAGUUAACAAGUAAUAACCAACAAAACCAUGAAAUAUCUUACCUUAAUCACCAUAUUCUCCACCAUCAUUGUUUUCUCACAUGCAAUGCCAACAAUUGUCACUCGACUUCAACCUCAAAUGAAUCUUUCUGUGUUUAACCUUACCCAAGAACAAAUUAACAGAACUAAACAGGUGAGAACCUGUUCUUACAUGAUCUCAAUAAAGACAAGUUGUAAUUCUCCAGCAAACUCAAAAGAUACCGUUGGUAUUUUAUUUGGAGACGCUGUUGGCAAUGAGAUUACAAUGUUAAAUGUGGAUAGUCCAGAUAUUCACACGUUUGAGCGGUGCAAGACGCUUAAUUUUGAGGUAUUAGGAAAUUGUAUUGGAAAAAUUUGCAAAUUGUACGUAGCUAGAGCCGGAUCGAAUGGUUGGAUCCCGGAGACUAUCACCGCAUACCACUAUGACUAUCCUCCUAUCCGAUUCAACUAUAAUUAUUUCAUUCCUGAUGAUCAGCGAUAUGGCUUUGAUUAUUGCCAACAUACAAUUUAAUGUUACAUCCUUAAAUACUUGUCUUUAAUUUCUUGAAAUAAACAUUUUUCUUUAUAAAAGAUGAAUGAUCAAGUUACAUUGGUCUCUUACACUACUAUUAGACAUGAAAUUCAAUAGGUUAGAAAUAUAAUAUUUUUUAUGUAACAAAUUCUAGUUUAUUUUAUGCAUUAAUUCAAUAAUAAUUUACCAGCAUAGAAUCGACUGAUGCAAAAUCAACUUAUGAU